UGUUUCAAGCAAAAGGCCUCCUGGUCGUGUCUUUCUUUGAUAUUUCGCACGCUAAGACCACGACUGUAACUACAUAUUAUCAUACAAAAUCAACGACCUUACUUUCUUUAUUCUCUUCACCCUUAAUUAGCUGCCCUCUGUCACUUUUCAGGUCUGGGUUUCUGUCUACUUCUUUGUUUCUGUUCGAUUCUUUUGAGGUUUUUAAACGCUUUUGCUUUUUGGGCUUGUUUCAUUUCUUGAUUUUGUGAACUGGGUCGUUUGGAAUUCAUUUCAUCUGUUGUGGAUUCCUUUGAGGGUUUUGAGGUGGUUGAAUUUUUCUCCUACACUUGUGGCAACUUCAGUUUUUUUAUUACUUUGUCAGCUAAAAGUGCACUUGAUCUUAGAGUUUAUAGCUUUGGUUGAACUUUUCAGGUGUCGCUAGAUGAUGGAAUUAGCUCUUUGUUAAUUAGUUAAGUUGGAGAUAAUAGAGAAUCAAUUUGAGCUUCUUUUGAGUCUGUUGAAUAUGGAUGCCUGUUGAGACCAAUCAACACCUUUGAAUUAAGCUUAUUAGUGUUUACAUUGUUGUAUUGAUUACGGAGAACAUUCAUUGAAGGAGAAACGACUAGCCGAUUGUGUCAAUUCACUGAGAAUGGCUGCUUUACUGUUUUGUUUACUGUUGUUUGUGCAAAUAUCGAGAUUCUUUGCCUCUGGUCUUGAGGUGAAGUCAAAGAUUUGUGGCUCGGAUCACCUAGCGUAUUCUAAUCCGUUUGGUCAUGAAUUGUUUUAUUUGAAUGGUAAUCUAGUAGAUAAAGUAUUGUUCUGUAAGGCCCUGCAGUUGCACUAUGCAAAUCAUUGUUUGUUUGAAGGUUAUACUGGAACGGAUUACUGUGGUUUGGACCUUUCAUCAGCUGAUGUGUCCAUGGGAAGAAGGAAAUUAUUGCAAGAACCAAAGAAAAAAGAUGAACCUGAUCAUGAUCCAGAAGCGAAGAGACAUUCGGCCUCAACCAAAGUUGGGAUAGUAGUAUCUGGAAUUUUUUUGACAUGUUGUGUUUUUAUCUGCCCUUGUGUUUAUAGGAAAAAGAGAGGAACUGCCCCCACUGUUCUUAAAAAGGAUCCAAAUUCAAGUGAUUCAACAUCCCCUUUCGACAUGAAUGUUCAUGCUCCUCCUGAAAAGGUUCCUCCGAGUCCUUCAGUAUUCUCAAUUUCUCCAAACGUCAAUAGAACCGGGACAGUGCAUCUCACUAUGGAACAGUUGACCAGAGCUACCCAUAACUUCUCACCAGCAUUACAAAUAGAUGAAGGGGAUUUUGGAACUGUCUACAAGGCUCAACUUGAUUCCGGCCAGAUGGUUGCCAUUAAGCGAGCAAAGAAGGAACAAUUCGAGAAUCUGCAAACGGAGUUCAGCAAUGAAGUUGAACUUCUAGCCAAGAUUGAUCAUAGGAACCUUGUGAGGCUUCUUGGUUAUGUCGAUAAAGGAAAUGAACGGCUUAUCAUUACAGAAUAUGUACCGAAUGGUACUCUAAGAGAUCAUUUAGAUGGUCACCGUGGCAAAAUCCUGGAUUUCAAUCAGCGCCUUGAAAUUGCCAUUGAUGUUGCUCAUGGCCUUACUUAUCUACAUCAUUAUGCAGAGAAGCAAAUUAUUCAUCGAGAUGUGAAGUCGUCCAACAUUCUACUGACGGAAAGCAUGAGAGCUAAAGUGGCCGAUUUUGGAUUUGCUAGACUUGGUCCUAUGGACUCAGAUCAAACACAUAUUUCAACCAAAGUGAAAGGAACAGUUGGUUACCUUGAUCCCGAGUACAUGAAAACCUAUCAACUCAACACAAAGAGUGAUGUGUACUCGUUUGGGAUUUUACUUAUCGAAAUUCUGACUGGCCGACGUCCUGUGGAUCUAAGGAGACCAGUGGAAGAGCGUGUGACACUUAGAUGGGCAUUCCUUAAGUUUAAUGAAGGACAUGCAGUGGAAUUAGCGGAUCGAAUGAUGGAAGAAGUUGUGGAUGAAGAUAUACUAGUGAAGAUGUUUGCAUUGGCGUUUCAAUGUGCAGCGCCUGUAAGAAACGAUCGACCCGAGAUGAAAUCCGUUGGAGAAGAGUUAUGGGUAAUACGAGCUGACUACCUCAAGAGUCUGAGGCGAGGUUAGCACAAAAAGGUGUAAGAAUAGUCUCCUCUCCCCAUGUUUGUUAUGUUAGCAGUAUUGUAUAAGUCUUGGACAGUAUAGUCUUUAGAAAACAAGCAGUAGAUGCUGUUUACAAUUUAGCUGUAAAAAGGCUCGUAUAUAAGCGAAACUUAAUUACUGUAGAUGACAAGCUAUGAAUUACGCUUAUUGAAAUGAAAUAUACAGAUCCCUGCUCUUCAAUGUA